AUGAAAGAUGAUACAUGUGUUGCUGAAUUGUCUUUCAAAAAUAUGGGUGUUCUACUGAUGAUGCAAGCUAAUUUAGUAGCUGGUAUAUUUAUGCUUAUCAUAGCAUGUAGUCCUGUGGUUUCUGGCUCAAGUGAAAUUAAUUCACCAACAACUUCGACUGUUGCACCAAAUAUACCGAAUAAAUCUUCAAUUGAUAAUGAUGAUGUUGGUUCAUGGGAUGUAUUUCAAAAUCAGAUUGAGCUACAAAUUUAUAUGGCUAUAUCAUUUAUGUUAGACAAAUAUUUUGUUGACGAAUUUAAUAAUAAAUUCUGGCAAAUAUAUAAAACACUGAAACAAGUCAAUCAAGAGAUAGAGCAAACACUUGAUAAAUGUUCAGAGACUUUAAUAACUUGUGGAAAUCGUUUUCUAUCAGUACUCGAUCAACAGGUAAACUUGGAAAAAAAACCAACAAUACUUGAAUUGGAAAUGAAAAAUAAUGUUGAUAAUAAAUUAGAAUCAAUGAUAUGCUCAAAAAAUCAACAAUACUCAAACAUAUCACUAGAAUUAGAAAAGAAAAUUGAUGAAAAUAAGCAACUAAUUGAAGAGUCAAUAGCUUUGAAGAAACAACAAGCAGAAGAAUUAAAAGCAACAGAAAAUGAAUAUCAAUUAAACUUGACAAAUGAACAGCAAGAACUUGAAAUAUUAAAAGAAUUAUUUUUUGAAAUAAAUCAUCAAGAUCUUGUUGAAUCAGCUGAAUUAUUAAAGACAUUGAUAUCUAUCAUGAAAUUCAAUGAAUACAAUGUACCAGAUAAUUUAUUGAAAAAGAGAGAAAAAUUAUUCAAACUUAAUUAUAAUAAGAAUCAGGCAGUUGUAGUUAAUUAUUUAAGAAAGCGAUUUGAUAAUAUUGCUUUGGCGUCUAACAGCCAAUUUCCCAAUAGAUAUUUUUGUAACAAAAAAAUGUCUUAUUAUGAUUCAACUAUUUGUGCAUGUCUCAGUGAAAAUUCCGACAAUUAUGAAAUUAAUCUUAUCCAUAGAAAUUUAGCUGUUCUUCCAGAAGAUAUAUUUACUGGAUUUGAAAAUGCUGAAAAGCUUCGUUUGUCCUUCAACAGUCUAUAUUGGCUAGAGUCAGGUACCUUUAAUAAUCUAUCAAAUCUCAAGAUUCUUAAGAUACGAAAUAAUCAGCUAACAUCAUUACUAAAAGAUACAUUUACUGGCUUGAAAAACCUUAGAACUCUUGAUUUGUCGUACAACCAACUGGAUUAUCUUGAGUCAGGUACUUUUAAUAAUUUAUCAAAUCUUCAGCAACUUUCUUUUAACAACAACAAUCUAACAGAAUUAUCGAGCGAUAUAUUUAAUGACCUUGAAAAACUCAGAUGGUUAGAACUAUCACGGAAUAAACUAAAUUGCCUUCAACCAGGUACCUUUGAAAAUUUAUCAAAUCUUCAGAAACUUGAUAUUAGCCGAAACAAUCUAACAGCAUUAUCGAACAAUACAUUCAAUGGCCUUGAAAAACUCAGAUGGUUAGAACUAUCACGGAAUAAAAUAAAUUUCCUGAAACCAGGUACCUUUAAUUAUUUAUCAAAUCUUCAGAAACUUGAUAUUAGCCACAACAAUUUAACAGAAUUAUCACGUGAUAUAUUUAAUGGUCUUAAAAAACUCACAUCGUUGAACCUAUCAGCAAAUAAAGUAAAUUCUCUUCAACCAGGUACUUUUAAUAAUUUAUCAAAUCUCAACUAUCUUCUGAUACACGAAAAUCGUCUAACAUCAUUACCAAAAAAUAUAUUUACUGGUCUUAAAAAUCUUCGUGUGUUAUUGUUGUCAGACAAUCGACUAAGUUAUCUUGAUUCAAAUAUUUUUAAUAAUUUACCAGCACUUAAUGAACUUAAUAUUGAGGAGAACAAUUUAACAACCGAGACAAUAUAUAUGUUGAAGAAUAUGCAUAGUUUUCGAAAUUUUCAGUUGUGGUUAUAA